AUGCGCACUAACACCAUUUGGCAGAAGAGKGGGCGCUCUUGGUUUCGGAGUGACCUUGUCAACGUGGUCGCGGAGCAGCGGACUCUCAUCUUCCAGGGGAGGAUGGUGGAGGAUGUUCUCCAACGCCCCGAGGAGGCUGCAGUCUUGGGGGGAUACGGACUUGCAGAAGGCACAGAAGAGCUAACCAAGGGCUCCCUCCUCGACGGGCAGAGCAGCAGCACCAUGUGGAGAGUCGGGGUGCUCCUCUUCUGGGGUGAGCGUGGGAUCCCUGGGGGAGAGGUGGUGGAGUUCAUUAGUACAGACCCAGCAUCAGGACAUUUUGAUGUUGAUGAUGGUGGUGAUGGURAUGCUCGUGAAGCUGAUGAUGGCAACGGUGAUGAUGGUGGUGGUGAUAAUGAUGAAAAUAUGGUGGUGUUGGUGAUGGAGAUGGUAUUGAUGAUGGAGAUGGUAUUGAUGAUGGAGAUGGUAUUGGUGAUGGAGAUGUUGUUGGUGCUGGAGAUGGUGUUGGUGAUGGAGAUGGUGGUGUUGGUGAUGAAGAUGGUGGUGGUGCACUAUCUAGGGCACUGUGUCACCCACGGCUGGGACAUGACCACAGUGGAGCAAAAGACCACAUUGGAGCAGAAAAGUGACAUUGACGAGUGCCUCACCAGUGGGAUCUGCCCUGAGCAUUCCACGUGUGUAAACUCUGUGGGGAGCUACCAUUGCAGCUGCCAAGCUGGAUUCUUCUCCAAUGGCUCCACCUGUGAAGACAUUGACGAGUGUGUUGACAUGUGCCCCUUACGUUCCGACUGCACCAACACUCCCGGGAGCUACUCUUGCACCUGCCACCCUGGCUUUGCACCAAGCCAUGGUCAACGGCACUUCAGAGGCCAAGGAGUGGAGUGCAGGGAUGUGGAUGAAUGCUCCCAGGACCCACCACCCUGUGGCCCCAAUGCAGUCUGCACCAACACCCCAGGCUCCUACAGCUGCCGCUGCACCGCGGGCUUUCGUCCCCUCCACGAAGGUUCCCAGACUCAGGGCAACUUCACCUGCCAACGGAUUCUCUUCAAAUGUAAGGAAGACAUGAUACCCCAUAAUAAGCAGGCCCAGCUGUGCCGAGCGGGGGCUCCCGUGGAGCUGGAGUAUCUCCCCUUCUGUGCCCUGAUGAACGACACCUUCCACGUGCUGGACAAGACCUGUGAGAACAGAUCCGCGGCGUCCCUGCAGAGUGCAGCUGAGAGCUUCACCUCUGUGCUGGAGCAGAAGUCCAAGUGGACCAAGCUCAGCAGGGACGAGACGUCUGCCCUGGCCACAGUGUUGCUGGAGAGUGUGCAGAGCUCCACCUUGGCGGCCCUUCUGCAGCCCUCAGAGAAUGUCAGCCARACGGUGCAGACGGAGCACUUAGAUAUCGAGAGCAAAGUCAUCAAGGAGGACUGCCUUGAGGAGAAUGGCUUUUCUCUGAAAGCCAAAGGGGAUGGGAUGAAGAUCAGUUGCUCCACGAUCAAGGAAUCUAGAUCCUCAGGGCCCACGGGGGUGGCUUUUGUCUCCUUUGCGAACAUGGAGUCCGUCUUAGAUGAGCGCUUCCUCCGGGGCCCUCAGAGCCCCAGGGCCAACGUCAAGCAGAGGCUGAGGAUGAAUUCUCGCGUCGUUGGGGGCAUCACAACCGGGGAGAAGAAGGACAACCUCUCGGAACCUGUCCUCUACGUCCUGGAGAACCUUCAGCCGAAGCAGAAGUCCGAGAGGCCCAUCUGCGUGUCCUGGAGCUCAGACAUGGGGGAUGGUUGGUGGACGCCGGCCGGCUGCGAGGUCCUGGAAGUUCUGGAGACACACACGGUCUGCAGCUGUAACCGGCUGGCCAACUUGGCCAUCAUCAUGGCUCUUGAGGAGCUCCCGGUGGCGGUCUCCUUGGAAAUCAUUAGCCUCGUGGGCCUGAGCCUCUCCCUGGUGUGCCUUGUCCUGGCCAUUGCCACCUUCCUGCUGUGCCGCGCCAUUCGCAGCCGCAACACCUCCCUCCACCUGCACCUCUGCGUGUGUCUCUUCCUGGCCAAGAUUCUCUUCCUCACCGGUGUAGACAAGACCGACAACCAGACGGCCUGUGCCAUCAUUGCCGGGUGCCUCCACUACCUUUUCCUGGCCUGCUUCUCCUGGACGCUGGUGGAGGCCGUGACCCUCUUCCUGAUGGUCAGAAACCUCAAGGUGGCAAACUACUUCAGCUCCCACAACAUCAGCAUGCUGUACCUCUGUGCCUUUGGCUACGGGUUCCCAGGGCUGGUGGUGGCCRUCUCUGCCAGCAUGUACCUCCAGGGCUAUGGGACGCAUAACCGCUGCUGGCUCAGCACAGCUAGAGGCUUCAUCUGGAGCUUUCUGGGGCCGGUGUCCGUGAUCAUACUGAUCAACUUCGUCCUCCUCACCUGGACGCUGUGCAUCCUGAGGCAGAAGCUUUCCAGCGUCAACGCUGAGGUCUCCAAGCUCAGAGACACCAGGUUGCUGACCUUCAAAGCAUUUGCCCAGUUCUUCAUCCUGGGCUGCCCCUGGGUGCUGGGCUUCUUCCAGAUUGGACAGAUGGCCAGCAUCAUGGCGUACCUGUUCACCAUCAUCAACAGCCUGCAGGGGACGUUCAUCUUCGUCAUCCACUGUCUGCUCAGCCGCCAGGUACGAGAAGAGUACAGGAGGUGGCUCACCAGGAAGACCAAGCCCAGCUCCCAGUCCCAGACCUCGGGCAUCCUGCUGUCCUCCAUGCCCUCCUCGUCCAAGACGGGUUAAAGUGCUUUCCUGCUUUCUCAUGCACUAUCCUGGAACAGCCUUCGAGAAUUUUAAGUGCCUGCAGAAGCCUGGUCUGAUUUCCCUUCUCUGCCUGCUAUGGAGAUGCAA